AUGGCUGUAAAAAAAAUUGCAGUGAUUGGCGCUGGAGUCAGCGGACUAGGUGCCAUUAAGUGCUGUUUGGAGGAGGGACUAGAACCUACAUGUUUUGAAAAGAACAGUGACAUUGGAGGACUGUGGAGAUAUGAGGAGACACCAGAAAUCGGAAGGGCUGGGAUAUACAAGUCUUUGACCUGCAAUACAUCCAAGGAGAUGACAGCCUUCAGCGACUAUCCCUUCCCUGACCAUUUCCCCAACUACAUGCACAACUUGAAAAUGAUGGAGUACCUCAGGAUGUACGCCAAGCACUUCGGGCUCAUGAAACACAUCCAGCUCCAGACAAAGGUGUGCAGUAUAAGGAAGCGCCCUGAUUUCUCAUCCUCUGGCCAGUGGGACGUUGUGGUGGAAGCUGAUGAGGUGCAGAAAACUUACGUCUUUGAUGGCAUAAUGGUCUGCAGUGGUCGCUACUCGGAGAAGCAUUUUCCUUUACAAGAUUUUGCAGGAAUCACCAACUUCCAAGGCAGAUAUCUCCACAGCUGGGAGUACAAGCACCCAGGCAGCUUUGAGGGGAAGAGAGUGGUUGUGGUUGGCAUUGGGAACUCUGGAGCAGAUGUGGCAAGCGAGAUCAGUCGUGUCGCUGAACAGGUUUUCCUCAGCACAAGACGAGGGGCGUGGAUAUGGAACCGGGUUUGGGAACAUGGGAACCCUAUGGAUGCCUCACUCUUCACUCGUUAUAAUAAAACUGUUCAAAAGUUCUACCCCGAGUGCCUGAUCAACAGACGUAUAGAGAAAAAGUUAAACUUGAGGUUUAACCAUGCCAAUUAUGGACUGCUGCCUCAACACGGAAUUUUUGGCCACCGAACAGUUUUAAGUGAUGACCUGCCAAAUCGUAUCAUUAUUGGAAAAGUGCAGAUAAAACCAAACGUGAAGGAGUUCACCUCGACAUCAGUCAUCUUUGAGGAUGGAACUGAAGAGAGCACAGAUGUUGUCAUCUUUGCCACAGGCUACACAUUGUCCUUCCCUUUCUUGAACGAUGACUCCACAAUUCUGGACAGCCAACACUCCAUGUUUAAAUAUGUCUUCCCUCCUGCAUUAGAGAAGCCAACUUUAGCUUUCAUUGGCAUCAUACAGCCAGUUGGAGCCAUCAUCCCUACAUCAGAGCUCCAAAGCCGAUGGGUUGUGCGUGUGUUCGCCGGACUGAAAGAGUUGCCCUCAAAGAGAGACAUGAUGGCUGACAUCAACAGAAAGAAACAAAAAGUGCCCAAAGAGGAUAGGAAAAAAAUCCUCAGAGACGCUGGUCGAGUACAGUUCAUCGACUACAUGGAUGAAAUUGCUUCAGAGUUGGGUGUCAAACCCAACCUGCUCUCUCUCUUCCUCUGGGAUGCAAAGCUAGCCAAAGAAAUUUUCUGGGGACCUUGCACCCCAUACCAGUACCGUCUCCAGGGGCCAGGGAAAUGGGCUGGGGCUCGAGCAGCCAUCCUCACUCAGAGAGAAAGAAUGCUCAAACCCCUGCGAACCCGUGUGCUCAAGCCCUCCCAGACCUCCCUCUCUUUUCUUCUCUGGGUCAAAAGUACCUGCGUUGUUACUUUUUUCUUCAUUUCCAUGUUAGCUAUCAUGCAUAUCACAAGUCAUUAA